AUGGAGUAUUCCGUUGAACCUAUUGGAUCUGCUCUCCUCGAGUUACUCCAUGGAAGAGAAAACCAAUUUUCAGUUUUGGAAGUUCAUCUCGGAGAUAACUCUGAUCCGCGGGUCUCUGGAUUUGGAAUGCCUUUUGCCAACUCAGGCCAUCCCAGCGACGCAUGGAUCAACAGUGGGCAGCCGAUUAUUGGAAAGCGCACGCUAUUGAAUAUUCUCUCACAGAGAACUUUCCGAUUUGUUGUGGAGUCGCCUGCAGAUAACGUCCAGGCAUCAUUUGUCACAGAAUGCAUGCAUCCGCCCUUUAGCUACCCUUACGAUACACAGCAUCAUUGGGAUUUGCGCAAUUAUAAACCGCCCAGCAAGGCGAAGGGCCACACAUUUAAUAGAGUAUGGCAAUUCGAGAGCCACAAUGAUCACGUUGCUGUGAUGGCACAGUCUGAAAUCCAGGAUGCCAUUUGGCUACGUAAUGCCGCCCAAAAGUUUAUCAAUUACAAGUUUCGAGCUUACUUUGUGAUGGCAACAAGCGACUCUCCGUGGGAAGAGCCUGUUGACUUCUACGCCAUUGUGCGAUUGACUCCUCUGUUUCUCAAAGAGUAUGCUUCUGCCUUGCGCUGCCUUAUCAGCGAUGAGGUACUGGGCCUGAACAUUCAUGAUAAUGACCACGGCAAAAGCGCAGCAAGAUGGCCAGCGCGAGUUGAUAAAACUAACGCAAUGGUUCAAUUCCAUCCUGAUGCAAACCCGACAAACCGAGGGGAGGGUGGCGUGGCGUCAGAGAAGAAAACAUAUGAAGCCCGGAGUUCAGUCUCUUUUGACAUCAGAUUCAAAAUGAGUUUGCACAGAGACCUUGUGCUCGGUAACGGAUUCUUCAAAACACUUAGACUGAAAGACUCAGCUAGAUCAGGGCCAUUAUACCUUGAAAAAGAGCCCCAACCAACGACGCAGUCUGAAAGCUCUCGUGCUUUGCCAUCAGUAAAUCUCCUCCAAUUACCUCAACGCCAUAUCAAGGCCUUGAUGGAAGAAGUCCUACCCAGCGAUCGAAGGAGAUUAUGUGCAUAUCUCAGCAAGGCACCGCUGGGGUUUGGCCUUAUUACAGGGGUAACCACACUUGGCAUGUCAAUAACUCUUGGGCCGAUUUAUGCAUCUGCCGCUACCGAUGUCGCAACCGACAAUUUUGCUGAGCAUCUCAAUCGAAUCUCGGAAAGAUUCACAAGGCGGCUCAAUGAAUCCAAAAGGGCGGACGAUAGCCCAGCUGGUCGCAUUCUUGUUGUCCGUGGCUAUUUUGAAGAAGACGAGAUAGAAGCCUUUCAGAACCUCCUUGAACAUCCACAAAUGGGCGAUGCGGCAGCCCCUCGCUCGAAUUCCUCUUAUAGAACACCUUGGAGACUCCAGCUGUCCCUGACAUUCUGGCUCCUUGUAGCCCUACGAUCGCCUGCGGUUCGCCCCCUUCAUUACGAGGAUAACGAAGAAAUACAUUUGCUGCAAUCGUAUCUUGACCAUCGAAAGGAAUUCGAGCGGCUUCGUAAUGUGGCGGCUGGAGUGAUUAGCUUUGAAGAGUACAAGAAUGGGCGAAUGGUGUCUCCAUACGUCAUCAAACACCUAUUUCGGGGCAUCUUGCGACAUGCAGACAUCUUGUGCACAAAUCCAGCCCUUUCCUGUAAAGGCCUAUACGCGCCCUGGAAGAAAUAUGUAGCCAGGGGUAUCGCAGUAGACGAGGCAGGUAGUAUUAGCCGCCCUGACCUUUACUCUUUGUGGGGCAAUACACUUCUGCCGUGUCUUCUUUGUGGUGACGACAAGCAGCUUGCUCCGAGGUUGAUGAGUUUUGGCCAGAGAGACUACUUGGGCAACUCCGUCAAUAGGCAUGAGCAUGAUGGUAAGCUUUCCGCCCUUCUUUUCUUCCAAGGGAAUGGUUGGCCUGUGUUUCGC